AUGCGCUCCAUCGCCUCAGCCCAAAAAGCCAACGAUCCCAUCGCAACACACCUAGCCAAAAAGCUUCGCGACCUUCGCGCUCAACCCGUGAAAAAAUCGCCCUACGACGUCGUCUGCGAAACAUCGACAGAUAUCAGCGCCGAGAUAUACCCGCUCGACCCGAGUAAUCUCCACCCGCAGAUCGCAUGGGCUGCGGCUGAGAUUGAGGCUCUGUUCACGGGCCAGCCGUAUCCGGGUGACUACAAUAUGCCCAAACACCCAGAUGGAUUUCGUGUUGUGCGGGCAGAUUUAGAUCAGUUGCCAAGCACGAUUCAGGGGUGGAUUGAGGGUCAUCCUGGGCAGAAGUCGUUUUGCGUGGUUGAGGGAGUGGUGUUCUUUGCGCCUGGGGGUUAUUUUGGAGAUGUUGGGGUUGUUUGCUGGGGAGGGGGGGAGGGGAGUGUAAAGGUCAAUUUCCCACAGACCCUGAGUGCGGAGAUUGGACGUAAUUUGUUUUUCAAGGCCGUUGCAAGGAAACAGAUCAAGGAGGAUGUACAGAGUGAGGAGAGCCCUGGUAGUGGAGAUACGGUAGAUGGCAUUGGUUAUCAGUUAGGAUCAUCUAACGGUAACGGGCGUGGCAGCAAGCCUACUAAGGACGAGCUUUGA